AUGACUCAAAUCGGCUGGUAUGGCCUCGGGUCCAUGGGCCUGGCUAUGGCCAACAAUCUGCAGCGGCACCUGGCAGCGAAGAAGGCCCUCAGUCUGCUGUACACCAAUCGCACCAUGGCGCGCGGCCAACCGCUGCAGUCUAUUGGUGGAAUCGCUGUGCCUGGGUUUAACGAUCUGGUGGCUCACAGCAAGAUUAUCUUCACUAUGGUCUCCAAUGACAUGGUUCUUGAGAGCCUAGUAUCCUCCGCCCUCGGAUCAGGGCAUACCCUCAAGGACAAGAUCUUCGUAGACUGCUCAACCGUUCACCCGGAUACAGUGAGCUCUGCAGCCGCGCUGCUGAAAGACCAACAAGCCGCUUUUGUCUCGGCUCCUGUCUUUGGGGGAAACCCAAUCGCCGUGGAUGGCAAGCUGGUCUUUGCCAUUGGCGGUCCUAAGAGUGCUACUGAGGUCGUGAAGCCCCUUAUCCAGGACAUCAUGGGCCGACGUGUGAUCGAGUGCGGAGAAGACCCGGCGAAGUCUUCCUUGCUGAAAAUUGCUGGAAACAUUGUCACUGUCAACAUGAUGGAAGCUGUUGGCGAGGCCCAGGUAUUCGCCGAGAAGACCGGCCUCGGAACUGGCCCCAUGGAGGAGCUGAUUGCCGAGGCCUUUGGCCCUGUUGCUGGCGGAUAUUCGAAGAGAUUGACGACUGGUGCAUAUGCCCCGUCCCUGGAUUCUCGUCCUGGAUUCGGCGUGUCAUUGGCUAUCAAGGAUGCUAAGCAUGCAAUGGACAUGGCUCAGGAAUUCGGUGUCAAUCUCCCUGGCCUCGAGCUGGCUCGUGGUAACAUGGAAGCCGCUAGAGAGUAUGCUGGUGAAUGCCUUGACAGCAGCUCGAUGUAUGGUACCCUCCGUCAGCAAUCGGGACUCGAAUUCUGGAACGAGAAGAGCAGAAAGGAGUAG